GGGACUCGGUCCUCACUUCUGUGCAAAUUCAGGGGGAGGAAGAGGAGACGGACUGAUGGUGAGAGUCUAACUUAGGGAAACAAACCAAAGAGGAGUUUCUAAGUGACAACAGUACAUUGACAACAGAAUUUUCAUUUGGUUUGCUGUCCCCUGAGGAAUACAGUGUGCUUCAGACACAGAAGUAGGAAAUACAGCAAGUGUUAGCGUGAGAUUUCUGCCCUUGGAGUGCGGAGUUGUGAACUUAUGAGCAAGACUGUGAAGUUAUAAGAAGGACCCUCGACUUGCCCUUCUUCAGGAAAACUGUUGGAUGUCUCUUUGCAACAACUGAACAUCCCUCCCCUUAAGGAGAAGGAUGUGAAGACGGAGGCGAUAGUACCAGCUACUUGGGAUGAGCAGCGGCUUUGGAUCGCCGUGUGCGGCUGGCGUGCUCUAACAAACUGCACGUUUUGCGAGGGCUUUUAUUCAUCGGAAACAGCAAAGGGCUGUCAGUUUGGAUACAGUUAUUUUGGAUGAAACACUGAACAACAGACUGUUUCACGCUUGUUUUGGGAAAAUUUCAUCUGCUAGUCUGUCCUGCUUACGUGAGAAGCCGUGCCUUCUUUAUUCAUACUAGCCACACUGAAAGCAGACUGAAAGCUGUGGCAAGAUGUCCUGUCUGCUGGGUGCAGCAUGCUAGGAACUGAGAAGGUCUUGCAGCUUUGUGCAGAAACUGUCUUGGCAUUUUCCAUCCAUUAAGUACAACCGAUUUUCCUUUUUUCUUAGUAGUAAAACCGGGUAUUGGUUUCUCAGGAAGAGCACAUAUAAUACAAAUAGCUGAACUGUACCCGUUUCCAGUUCUUUAAAUCUGCCUUCCUUUUUUAUCUUUUUUGCUAGUUUGAAUUUGAGAAAGAAAUUUUAUGUUCCAUUGACAUUUUAAAACAAAAUCAGAGUAUCUUUCAGUGCAUUAGAAGAGCGUAAUUCUGAAGAGCUGAUUUUUUAUUUCCCUUGGUGAAUAACUUGGUGAAGAUACAGGGAUACACAUCAAUGUCUCAACGACGCCUUUUAAGGGAAGGACAUUUUAGGGUCCUACCAAGAUUCAUCCAAAUCCUGCAUGGCAGACGACACUCACGAAAUAACCCACGCCAAAUAUGCUCUGAUGAAAUCAUGCAUCAGGAUAUCGUUCCCCUCUAUGCUGCAGAUAUUCAGGACCAGUUAAAGAAACAAUUUGCUUACCUGUCAGGUGGAAGAGGGGGAGAUGGUUGCCCUGUUAUCACCUUUCCAGACUAUCCGGCUUUCAGUGAGAUCCCCGAGAAGGAGUUCCAGAAUGUCCUGACUUACCUGACGAGCAUCCCAAGUUUACGAGAUGCUGGAAUUGGAUUUAUUCUUGUCAUAGAUCGCAGACAGGACAAAUGGACCUCUGUGAAAGCUUCCAUACUGCGGAUUGCAGCAUCUUUCCCGGGAAACCUGCAACUAGUCCUCGUUCUGCGCCCAACAGGAUUUUUUCAUCGAGCUCUCUCGGACAUUGCUUUCAAGUUCAACAAAGAUGAGUUUAAAAUGAAAGUACCUAUCAUAAUGCUGGGCUCAGUAUCAGAACUGCAGGGUUACAUUGAUAAAACACAAUUAACAGAAGAUCUUGGUGGCACCCUGGAUUACUGCCAUAACAGAUGGCUGUCCCGUCGCACUGCUAUAGAAGGUUUUGCCCAAAAGGUUAAGCAAACAGCUCAGAUUCUUCAGUCCUUUGGGACUGAGCUGGCUGAAACAGAACUACCAAAUGAUGUGCAAUCAACUAGCUGCCUUCUUGCAACACACACAGAAAAGAAGGACAAAAUGAAGGAGGAUAUCAGAUUAGCCGUAGAACAGGGAGAUGAUAUCCUUGGAAGUAUUACAAAACCAGUUACUGAGAACCCUGAAUACAAACUGAAUCAAGAUCAGCUAGACAAUCAAACAACGGUAGAAAGGCUUCUGUCUCAAUUACAUGAAACAGAGACUGCCUUUGAUGAGUUUUGGAUUAAGCAUCAGCAAAAACUCGAGCAGUGUCUGCACCUUCGGAAUUUUGAACAGAAUUUUAGAGAGGUCAAAGCAGCUUUGGAUAUUGUGUCCGAGAGACUGUCUGCUUUCUCAGAUGUAGGAAACAGCUGUUCACACGUGGAGCACAUUUUGAAAGAUCUUGCCAACUUUGAAGAAAAAUCAUAUGAAACUAUAGCAAAAGCCAGAAUGUUAGCCUCAGAGGGUGAUGCUUUUAUUCAAAGCAAUCAUUAUGCCAUGGACUCCAUUAUUCCAAAAUGCAGUGAACUUCAUCAUCUCUGUGAUGCCUUCGCUACUGAGACAGAACGGAGGAGGAAUCUUCUUAACAAAUCUCUAGAACUUCAUGACUUACUAGAAAAGUCUAUGAAGUGGUGCGAUGAAGGAAUUUAUCUGCUGGCUUCGCAGCCGGUAGAUAAGUGUCAGUCUCAGGAUGGUGCAGAAUCAGCAUUACAGGAGAUUGAGAAAUUCCUGGACACUGGUGCGGGCAACAAAAUCAAGGAGUUGAAUAAAAUUUACAGAGAGUAUGCACCCAUCCUCAACGAGGACCUAAAGGAGCAUGUGCAAAAGGUUUUCCAGAAGCAAGAAAGUAUGGAAGAAAUGUUUCAAAAGAGACAAGUAAGUCUUAAGAAACUGGCAGCUAAGCAGACACGUCCUGUUCAACCAGUUGCACCAAGACCUGAAGCCUUUGUAAAAUCUCCGUGUACCUCACCAGGUCUUCAAAGAGAAUACGUAUCCAACUCAGAAAGCAGUGCGCUUCGGAGGGUAAACUACAGAAGAGGAAAGAGUGAAAUGACUGAACUCCAUCAAAGCAGAGGAGGAUCUGCAAUGGACGAUGAAGAAAACCUAGCUGUGUUACGGCAGCAUGUAAUUAAUGAACUUAUUGAGACUGAACGAGCGUAUGUGGAAGAACUUCUCUGCGUUCUUGAGGGUUACGCUGCAGAGAUGGACAACCCCUUAAUGGCUCAUCUCAUUUCACCAGAACUCCAAAAUAAGAAGGACAUCUUGUUUGGGAAUAUGGAAGAAAUUUAUCACUUUCACAACAGAAUAUUCCUGAGAGAACUAGAAAACUACGUAGAAUACCCAGAACUAGUUGGACGGUGCUUUCUGGAUCAGAUGGAAGAUUUCCAGAUUUAUGAAAAAUACUGUCAAAAUAAACCUCGCUCCGAAAGUUUGUGGAGGCAGUUUUCAGAUUCUGUAUUCUUUCAGGAAUGUCAAAGAAAACUCGAUCACAAGCUCAGUUUGGACUCAUACUUGCUGAAACCCGUUCAAAGAAUAACCAAAUACCAAUUAUUGCUAAAGGAAAUGCUGAAGUACAGUAAGAACUGCGAAGGUGCUGAAGAUCUUCAGGAGGCAUUAACAUCUAUACUGGGUAUUCUCAAAGCAGUUAAUGAUUCUAUGCACCAGAUAGCCAUUACAGGCUACGAUGGAAACCUGAACGAGCUGGGCAAGCUUUUAAUGCAGGGAUCCUUCAAUGUCUGGACGGAUCAUAAAAAGGGUCACUCGAAGGUGAAAGAUUUGGCACGCUUCAAGCCAAUGCAGCGACACCUCUUCCUCCACGAGAAAGCAGUGUUGUUCUGUAAAAAGCGAGAAGAAAACGGAGAGGGAUAUGAGAAAGCACCUUCUUACAGCUACAAACACUCCUUAAAUAUGGCAGCAGUUGGAAUAACAGAAAAUGUCAAAGGGGAUGCAAAAAAAUUUGAAAUCUGGUAUAAUGCAAGGGAAGAAGUUUACAUCAUACAGGCACCAACGCCUGAAGUUAAAGCUACUUGGGUAAAUGAAAUAAGGAAAGUGCUGACAAGUCAACUGCAGGCAUGCAGAGAAGCUAGUCAGCACAGGACACUAGAACACACACAGAGUUUACCUCUACCAUCAUCAUCUUGUACAAGUCCUUCACGGAACCACAUCAGAAACACCAGAAAAAUGGAAGAGAGAAAAGCUGAUCUCACAAGUCUAGAAGGUUAUGGCACCACAGUAGCACCAAAGAAUCCCGAGAAAGGCAAAGGUUGGGCUAAAGCAUCUCAUUCUCUUGAUGCAUCUGAAGAAAAUGAUGGCUGGUCUAGUGCUGAAGAUCCGCUGAAUUCAUCGGAUGCAGAGGAAGAAGGAGGAGGAGGAGGAGGCGAGAUGAAGCUGACUCCUGGUAAAUAUACAGUUGUGACUGAUUAUGAGAAAGGAGUUUCUGAAGAAUUUACAGUGAAAAGUGGAGAUCUAGUUCAACUGAUUCGUGAAGGGGAGGAUGGACUUUGGUAUGUAAAGAACCUGAGCACUGGUAGAGAAGGUUGGAUCCCAGCAAACAAUCUGCUGAUGCUCAUAGGCAAUUCAAAAUCAGCUCAAUCUUUAAGCAGCUCUGAAUCAGGCACUGCCUCCAGCACUUUGAGCACAUCAUCAAGUUGCAGUGAGAGCUGCAACGCCAGCAGCACCAGCUUCUCGGACAUUAAGGGCUAACAUUACAUUUUCACCCCACCUCCAUGGAAGGUAAAUCCGGAGUUUGUCAUUUUGUGCAGAGUUCUGGAUGUUGGACUCAAACAGAGAACCACCAGUUCUCUGUUGCCAGCUUCGAGUACUUUCACUGGUGAUUUUCACAGGUUCUCCCAGAGGAUCCCAGUGGAAAGUGCGUGGAAAGUGAAGUUGUAAAUAAAAGUUAAACAAUUUGAAAUAGAGUCUUGCAGAGGCUUCUGCUCUGAAGCCUGAAGCUGCAGAGCUGUUAGCAUAAAACACAUUUUCUCAUUGAUACACAAUCAGAUUUCUCCAGAACUGUAUCGUUUUGUAACAGCCAGGAUCUGAAUGUGAGCAAACAAAAUGUGUUCAGUGCUAAAUCCUUAUUGUAAGCUAAUAACACAGCAAUCACUGUACAGGAUAGGUAUGAAGAAAAUAAAUCCGAGUUUACAUUUUCUCCUCCCAAAAAUCCCCUUUCUCCAAGGACGUACCUCCGUCCGUGCAGUGAACGGGACUCUUACAGCAACCAGGAAGGAGGUCUGGUCCAGCCUUUUCUCUUCUCUUGGGUCUUCAGGAUAUUCUUCUGCUCCCUAGAGACUGGGGUGCAGACAUGACCAAUUCACUGACCACAGCAGCAUCAAAAGAAAGUGUUAUUUUCUCGUUUCCAACCUUUUAAUGAUGUGUGCAAUGGAACAGCUGUUUUAUGAGGUAUUUUGGCCUCGCAACCAAAUUCUUUACCAAGAUCACUGUGUUUACAUAGCCUUGGCAAUUUAGUAGUAUCUUUUUUUUCCUUAUGCAGGUGCACAAUGAAACACAAAUGUUCUUACUCACUAAAUGAUUUCUAAAUAAACGGUAAUUGCAUAGUUACCUUCAGCUCUCACAAUCAACAUGCAAUUACAGGCAAAGGGAGAUGAUUGUGGCUGCACUAUGGGUCAAGAGCCUUCCUUCAGACAAACCUAUCAGGGCUAGAAACCAGACAUAUUUUUAGUCCGUAGUGUUUGUUGCAGAUUUAUUCAAAGACAAAACCACGAUGACAUAAUUUUUCUACGAAAGGGGAGCACAGGAGAGAAAAAGACCUUUAUUAGCAUAAAUCUGACUCUUCUCUACAGAAAAGUAUUUUAGAAUUUUUUAAAGGAAGGGGUAAUGCUAAACUUGCCAUUUUUCAAGGUAUAUUGUAAGCCAAUGUUGUAAAUUUUCACCUUGUCAAACGGUCUUUGCAGCUCAUCCUUAUGAACAGUCUAGAACUGUGUGCAUGUAUGGAAUAUUGUAUUCGUUCCUGUCCAUCUCAAAUAUUUUUACUUACACGAAAAUAGGUUUUUAACUGAUUCAUGUAUCAUUACUUAAAAUAUUGUGGACAUUAAGAGCACGAUUUUUCAGAAGCAAUGGGAACUGCUGUUAAUCAUCAGACCCUCUGAUGGCUGGGCCCUGAAGUCUAUCUUUAUGCCAGAAUUUUAGAUUUUGAGAGGCUGCAGCUUAGGAAACGUAAAGGACAAAUACUCUGAAGAAUUAUCUUACUCCUUAGUGGCAAAAGCAUCCCUACCCCAGACGCAAUCAAAAUGCAGCUGACCACGGUCAGGACAAAUCGAAACAUAUAUAUAUACACACACCUAUAUUUAUGUGCAUAUAUAUGUGCAUGUAUGUGCUUGUGUGUAUAUAUAUGUGUGUGUAGAUAUGUAUAUGUGUGUAGAUAUAAUGUAUCAAUGUAAAAGAUGUAUUUAUAAUCUUCAUGCUGCUGAAUGUGUCACUUUACAAUUCAUAAAUACUUAGGUUUCUUGCAAUACUGCAAUAUAAAGGCUGAUCAGGGUUUUACUUCAGGCAUCUUUUCCAAUGCAGAAAUCCUCUGAUCUUUUUUUAAUUAUCCCACAUAAUACCGUGCUGACCGGGAAUAUUUAGUCUGAUAUUUAACAAUGGAAAGGCAACGUGAGAUUCAGCUUAUCUUCAUCUAUGUAAGUUAUUUUGUAAAUUAUCUGUAACAUAAUUUACUUAUAUAUUGCUGUCAUUGCUGGGAUGAGACUGUCCUUUCAUUUCUCAGCCUCAUUUGUGUUAUUUCAAUGGUUUUCUCCACAUCAUUGCACUUUAAUACGACCCAUUUCACCAUUUCCUUUUUUACUGCUGUUGUGAGUUAGAAGUUCAAAGUCAGAGGUCUCUAUUGUAAUUAAUUUGAAUAAAUUUCAGCGCUUCUUGCUGAAUGCCUUUAUAUA